AUGCAGCCCGGAACGGCGUGGAAACCCCUCUCCAUCGCCAUCGCAGGCGGCGGCAUCGGUGGUCUGGCAGCCUCCAUCGCGCUGCGCAGAGCAGGCCACAGAGUCACCAUCUACGAGCGAGCAGACUUCGCCGGCGAAGUCGGGGCUUCGAUUUCCUGCGCGGCAAACGGCGUCAAAUGGCUGCGGGAAUGGGACGUCGACGUGGAAAAGGGUGAUGGCGUGUACCUUCGUCAGCUCAUCAACCGCGACUGGGAGACCGGCGAGCCCGUCAGCGUGUAUGACUUGAACGACUAUGAGGAGAAAUGGGGGCAUCCGUGAGUAAUUCACCAACGAGAAAAACCUCAACGGGGGGUGGGGAGGAAGAGUUCUCGCUAACUAACGUACCUGUUUGUUUGGGGUCGUAGAUACUACAUGUUCCACCGACAGGACAUGCACAAAAUGCUCAUGGACUGUGCCCUGCAAACCGAAGGCGCCGGCCACCCCGUCAAGCUCGUCGUGAACCACAAACUCGUAAACCUCGACUUGGAAACCGGCCUCAUCACCUUCCACGACGGCUCCACGGCCCAACACGAAGUCAUCAUCGGCGCCGACGGGAUAGGUUCCACCGUCCGCAAACUCAUCGGCAUCAACGUCCAAAAACGCCCCGCGGAUUCUUCCUGUCUACACGCAAACGUCACGACCGAAGAAGCCGUAAGACUCGGCUUCCCGGAUUAUUCCAAAGACUCCGCGAUCGAGUACUGGGGCGGGCAUAAUUCGUGGAACAAAAUCGUCUUGUCGCCUUGUAAUUCCGGGAGCUUGCUUUCGUAUUAUUGCUUCUUCCCGCGAGAAAAGGGGGAUUACUCCGAUCAGAAAUGGGACGCCUCUUCCACGACCGAGGAACUACUAUCGCCCUAUCCGGAUCUAGACAAGGGCGUCUACAACCACCUCGCCAUCGGAAAAGAGAUCCGACCGUGGAGACUCUGGGUCCACGAGCCGUAUUCCCACUGGCAGAAAGGCGCGGCCUGCAUCAUGGGAGACGCCGCACAUCCCAUGAUGCCCGACCAGAGUCAGGGAGCAUGCAUGGCACUCGAAGACAGCGCGGCCCUAGGUCUCGUCUUCAGCAAGGAUUUCUAUCCCGGUAGUGUCCAAGAAGCCCUCAAGCUGUACGAGAAAGUCCGACAUCCAAGAGCGACAAAGGUGCAGGCUGCGUCGGCGAGAGCCAGAGAGAAUAUCCAUGAGCGCAUCGGAUUUUCGGACAACACGAAUAACCCGAGGUAUAAGGUGAAGAGCGAGGAGGGUAAGCUGACAAUCACAGAGAUGAACAGCUAUGAUAUGCGGGAGGAUAUCCGGAGCAAGUGGCCCGAGGGAUGGGCGCAGAAGACCAAUGGCGAGGCUGAGAAUGGUGUUCAUGUUGUCAACGGACACUAA